AUGGCACUAGAAUUGAAAGAAAUGGGGAAUCAGGCGUAUCGUGAAAAACGAUUCAACGCCGCCGUCAAAUUUUAUACGGAAUCGCUCGAAAUUCAACCGGACCCGCUAGUUUUUUCGAACCGAGCUCAAGCGUUUUUGAAGCUCCAGCUUCCGGUUUUGGCUCAAAUGGAUUGUGCGGCGGCGUUGAAGUUUGAUCAGAACGAUGUCAAGGUCUUGUAUAGGCUCGCAUUGUCGCUCAAAGAGCUCGGCAAUUAUGAGAAAUCGCUGAAAGUCGCCGAAAUUUGCGCGAAACUGAGUCCGACGGCGGCGACGACGCAAUUAUUGGCGGAUCUUCGCAAAAAUAUCAAAAACCAUGCAAAGAUUAUUGAUCUACCGGUGGUGUCUCGAGCGGAUUAUCUACAGGACGAUAGCGAAUUGGAGGAUGUUGCGAUUACCUAUGAAGGAAUGGAGUCGAGCAACGCGGAAUUGAUGCCGGAGUUGCCGAAAUCCAAAAAACUUGCUAGAAAACCGCCCAAGAGUUUCGCUGACUUUGCCGCCGACUUUAAUUAUCUUCUUGAUGAGCCAAUUAUACUCGCCGAGUACUUCCUGAGCAUCGACGAAGCUGACUAUCAUCGGCUGUUUGAUGAUUUGAUUGAUGAUCGAAUGGCCAAUGAGAUUCUGAAGGCGCUGGCGAGAUAUGUUGAGCAGAAUCCUGGAAAUGGUGCGCAAAUUGCGCGGAAAUUGCUGAAAUUGGCCGAUGUUGGGAGAUUUGAUAUGAUUAUUAUGCUCUUUGGCGCCGAGGAAAAACAGGCGAUUUCUGAUAUUUGUAAACACAUCUCGCCGCCCGAUGCUGAUCUCAUAUUUGGAAAAUUUCUGUCAUAA